AUGCAAUAUAACCUGCAGCAAAUGCAGCAGCAGCAAAUGCAGCAGCAGCAAAUGCAGCAGCAGCAAAUGCAGCAGCAAAUGCAGCAGAACCCGCAAAUACAGCAAAACCAACUGAAGCAGCAGCAGCAGCAAAUGCAGCAGCAGCAGAAACUGCAGCAGCAGCAGCAACUGCAACAACAACAACAACAGCAACAGCAGCAGCAGCAGCAGCAGCAGUUUGUUUGUGCUCGGGAGUCGCAGAAGGCGGAGUGCCAGCGGCUCUCUCAGGCGUUAGAGGGGGUUCAAGAAGAGGCAGCAGAGACGCGUCAUUCAUUAGCAGCAGCAGCAGCAGCAGCAGCAGCAACAGCAGCAGAAUGGGAGGAUCGUCUCCGCUCAGUGCAGCAGCAAGCAGAGCAGCAGCAUGAAGAAACCCUCCAUGCUGCAGCAGAAGAAAAACGAAGAGCCCUUGAAGCACUCAGGCGAGCCUUUAUCCUAGGAGAGGAGCUGCGGGGUGUACACAAGGAGGAGACAGUUUUGCUGCAGCAGCGGCUGCUAAGCCGAGAAGCAGAAGCCGACGAAAUAAACAAACGCUGCUGCGUUCUAACAAAAAAAGUAGAAGAGACAGCGGAGCAAUUUAACAGACUUAAAUCCGUCUCCAGAAAAGAUAAACUCCAAAUUCGG